AUGGAAACAAGACGACGAAACUAUACGACACACCCAAGAUCCCCUCCCAAACGCCAAAGAAGAGUACAAAGGAAGAAACAAGUCUUACCAGAAAUCAACAACACUACCGAAAACUCACAAACAUUAUCUUAUAACAUCUCCCUUUUACCUCCAUUACCAGUAUCGCCUGUAUUCCCCAUCUUAAACGAUUUACCUCCACUACCUUUGUCUCCACUAAAUCUUACUCCAUCUCCACCGAAUCUUAUUCCUAAUCCUCUCAUACAAUCACCUGAACUCAAACCUGACUUUUGUACGCCUAGCACAGAAGAACCUCGAGUCUCUGUGUCACCAAUUUCAAUCUUUCCAGAACUUUCUACGCUACCACCGUUACCCGAAUCACCUACGUCCGACUCGGAGCUGAACUCCGCUCUCUCACGCUUAAACUUACACACCACAGACCUAACUUACGCUAUCCAACGUCCUACGUCGAAAUACCCUACGUUAAUCGCCGAAAGCUUUACGUCCAAACCAACUACGUUCAAUCCAUCACCGAUCACUUUUCCAGCGCGUUACUUUUAUCCACUGCCGACUAUGUCUACCGAAAAGAAUUCUGCCGAAUCGAAGCAAGAUGCUUCAACCAACACUAAAUACGUAUUCUCCGAAGACGAUGUCAACACUGCUCGGAAUGAAACUGAAAUGAUAGCUCAUAUGUCAAAAGUCGACUCACUAGUUUAUGAAAUUCAAUCAACUGGGUUUGUCUGGAACGCUGAUUCAAUAAGAGGGUUGUUCUAUCAAAUUGCUAUGCCUCCUGAAAUGACGAAAGAAAUUAAUAAAGAUUUAGAUAGCAAGUAUGACAGCAAGAAUCCAAAUUACAAAUUAGAUGACAUUAAAUCAGCUAUUCAAAUUUAUUUAACUCGUGAAAAGACUGCUUCAGAGACUAUCGUCAUUAGCAAUUUGAGUACUCAGGUCGAUGCAAUGUCCGUAGGUACUAGGCCACGUCAAUCUACACCUUUAAGAACCCCGACACCAAGACAUCAACCCUCCCAACAACGUUUCAACCAAUCUUAUGCUAGUCAGCAACGUUUUAGUCAGCCUUUUACUCCAAGACAGAAAGUUUCCAAAAUCGACCCAAUGAGAUGGACACAAGGACCUGUGAACUGGAUGAAUAGUAACGAACCACGUAAUCAAUCUGAAUCAGCCCCAGUUCAAAUUCCUGAAUCAGCGGUUAAAGGUGUGAAGGAAGGAGCACUUCAAUGUUUUUUCUGUGGAAAAUUCGGUCAUCUUUACAUUGAAGGAAAUUGUCCUCUGUAUAAUGGUAAUGGUGAUAGAACUGGAGCACAUUACCGUGACUGGCGAAGAACAUCAAACGGCAAGCACUAUAUACUCACUCCCUGGUCAGAAUCAAGCUUCAUCACGUCCAAAAGCAAACUUGGUUGA